AUGAAUGGUCGUUGGUGGCGGCAACCUGAGAAUUUUUCAAAGGAUGUUGGUAAGCCAGAGAAGAGCUGUUCUAAGUCUUGUUGCUCUAAUAUUGAAGAAUUCUUCGAUUGUACUGAUGAAACUAGUAUUAUAUUAGAUCGUAAAAAAGCAGCACCUUUAUAUGUUGUACCUCGCACAGUGGAAAAAAAAUUAUAUAAAUUUGUUAAAGGAAAAAACGGAGAUUUAUUUGCUGACUAUCUGUUGUUUGAAGAUUCCAUGAAAAGAGCCAAGGUAUCCUGGGAUGAUUAUUCUGCAUUAACUGCUGAGGAACGGGAUAUUUAUAUGGCACAUUUGAAAGCUGUAAAAGAUCGGAAGUUAACUUAUAAAGAUCCUAAAACUGGUUACAUUGUUAUGACAGUUUCCGUAUUAUUGUCGAGACGUUGUUGUGGAAAUGGUUGUCGUCAUUGCCCAAAACGAUUAUUUAGAUAUGAGAUGAGUCGACAUCGAACAAGGCCGCCGUAUCCAGGCAUUAUUCGUCGAACCCGUCUAGUUGUCGUCGAUAAUUCAGCUUUGGGAAAAGAAGCAAACUUGAGCGGUAAAUUGGCUUAUUGUAUCCAUGUUUGUAAAAGAGGAUAUCGUAAAAAGCAUAUGCCUCCAGCAGCGCUUGGAGAUAAAGUUCUUGUCGCAAUUCGUGGAGAGAUAAAGAUGGCGAUUAUUGUUGGAGCUAAUGUGCAUUAUGGUCAUAGAAAGCAUGGUGUACCAUCAACGGAUUCAAACAACAUUAUAUUGUUGAAUGAUGAUGGUAACCCGAUGGGGAAUCGAAUUCUUGCCCCUAUAUCUUCAAAGUUAUUGGUGAAACGCGACAAAAUGCAAUAUAAUAAAGUGUUGUCGUUGGCAACGAAAUUUAUUUAA